UUUGUUCGCGGGUAGCUGGCCUGAUUCGACCUCUCCAAAAAUAGACGUUUAACCCUCGCUGAACUGUUUAAAGAUGUAAUUCGUCUUGCUUUCUCCUCCUUUUCAAGGUUCCCAAGAGAAGCUGCGAGGAUUCCAAGGUCCCACCGCCUUCACAGCCAAUGAGGAGCCUGGGAGGGAGGAGCUUCGUGCAGCUAAAGCUUCUGAGGGAAUCAUCCCCAGUAGAUGCAGUGGAGUCUGAGCUCUGCUGUGUAUGUCACAGACGAACAAAAUAAUAAAAUAAAAUAAAACAGUAUAGGAAAAACGCUACAGACUAUGUGAUGCUGUAGGACUUUCUGAAACAUCUACUGGGGGUUCCUGUGGAGUAUGAUCUUUUAAAAAGAAUUCUUUUUGAAGCCGGUUUGGGUAACUGGGAAAAUGAUACAUAUGCUAAAUGCAGCAGCUGAUCGAAUGAAAUGGACCAGAUCCGGUGCUGCUAAGAGGGCUGCCUGCCUGGUGGCUGCAGCAUAUGCGCUGAAAACCCUCUAUCCCGUCAUUGGCAAGCGUUUAAAGCAAUCUGGCCACGGGAGGAAAAAAGAAGCUUACCCCGCUGCAGAGAACAGAGAAAUACUGCAUUGCACCGAGAACAUUUGUAAAAAACCUUCGCCUGGAGUGAAUGCAGAUUUUUUCAAACAGCUACUAGAACUUCGGAAAAUUCUCUUUCCCAAACUUGUGACCACUGAAACAGGGUGGCUCUGCCUCCACUCGGUGGCUCUAAUCUCAAGAACCUUUCUAUCUAUUUAUGUGGCUGGUCUGGAUGGAAAAAUCGUGAAAAGCAUUGUGGAAAAGAAGCCUCGGACUUUCAUCCUCAAAUUAAUCAAGUGGCUUAUGAUUGCCAUUCCUGCCACCUUUGUCAACAGUGCAAUAAGGUACCUGGAGUGCAAAUUGGCUUUGGCUUUCAGAACUCGAUUAGUAGACCAUGCCUAUGAAACCUAUUUUACAAAUCAGACUUAUUAUAAGGUGAUCAAUAUGGAUGGGAGGCUGGCAAACCCUGACCAGUCUCUUACUGAGGAUAUUAUGAUGUUCUCCCAAUCUGUGGCUCACUUGUAUUCCAACCUGACCAAACCUAUUUUAGAUGUAAUCCUGACCUCCUAUACACUCAUCCAGACUGCUACGUCCAGAGGAGCAAGCCCAAUUGGACCCACCCUGUUAGCAGGACUUGUGGUGUAUGCCACUGCUAAAGUGUUGAAGGCUUGCUCUCCCAAAUUUGGUAAAUUGGUAGCUGAAGAAGCUCAUAGAAAAGGCUAUUUGCGGUAUGUGCACUCCAGAAUUAUAGCCAAUGUGGAAGAAAUUGCUUUUUACAGAGGACAUAAGGUAGAAAUGAAGCAACUCCAGAAGAGUUACAAAGCUUUAGCGGACCAGAUGAACCUUAUUUUAUCCAAACGUUUGUGGUACAUCAUGAUAGAGCAAUUCUUAAUGAAGUACGUUUGGAGCAGCUGUGGACUAAUUAUGGUGGCUAUCCCUAUUAUCACUGCAACUGGCUUUGCAGAUGGUGAUCAAGAAGAUGGUCAGAAGCAAGCUAUGGUUAGUGAACGGACAGAAGCCUUUACCACUGCUCGAAAUUUAUUGGCUUCUGGAGCUGAUGCUAUUGAAAGGAUUAUGUCAUCUUACAAAGAGAUAACUGAAUUAGCAGGAUAUACUACUCGAGUGUACAAUAUGUUUUGGGUCUUCGAUGAAGUAAAAAGGGGCAUUUAUAAAAGAACUGCUGUCAUUCAAGAGUCUGAAAACCAUAGCAAGAAUGGUGCUAACAUAGAAUUACCCCUAACUGACACUCGGGCAAUCAAAGGAAAAGUUAUUGAUGUGGAUCAUGGAAUUAUUUGUGAAAAUGUUCCCAUAAUUACUCCGGCUGGAGAAGUGGUGGCUUCCAGGCUAAACUUCAAAGUACAAGAAGGAAUGCAUCUUUUGAUAACUGGUCCCAAUGGUUGUGGGAAAAGUUCUCUCUUCAGAAUUUUAAGUGGGCUCUGGCCUGUGUAUGAAGGAGUCCUUUAUAAACCACCUCCUCAACAUAUGUUCUAUAUUCCACAAAGGAAAUACCAUACUCAUUUAUUACAAUUUGAUGGUGAAGGAGGUUGGCGCUUUGAACAAUUGGAUACUGCUAUCCGUUUAACAUUGAGUGAAGAAAAACAAAAGCUAGAAUCUCAGCUAGCCGGAAUUCCCAAAAUGCAGCAGAGACUCAAUGAACUAUGUAAAAUUUUGGGAGAAGACUCAGUGCUGAAAACAAUCAAAAAUGAAGAUGAAAUAUCCUAA